GAAAAAGGUGAAUAUGAGCGCGCGCAGCAGCAGAAGCAGCUGGGUGACGGUCAGGACCUGACACAUGUUCAUCAAACAAGGAUAAACGAUCACAAAAGACCUCGCAGCUGAGGGAUCACUGACGUCUCUGAGCUGCAGAGGGCAGCAUCUGACAAGCAGAACCAGUGAGGAUCAGCGGUCACAGGACCAGGAAGUCAGAGGAGGGUUUGGCUUUAAACCGGCUGAGCAGAAAGAGAAACUAUUCAAACACUCGCUGCUGUUGAGAGGAGAAAAUGGCAAAGAGAGGAGCUCCGCUGGACCCAGAAAAGUUCUCUUGUUCCAUCUGUCUGGAUCUCCUGAAGGAUCCAGUGGCAAUUCCCUGUGGACACAGCUACUGCAGCGACUGUAUUAAAAGCCACUGGGAUGUAGAGAAGAACAGCGGAUUCUACAGCUGCCCUCAGUGUAGGAAGAGGUUCAGGCCAAGGCCAAAACUGAAGAAAAACAUCCUGUUGACAGGGUUAGCGGAUGAGCUGAAGAAGUCUGAACUCCAAGUUGCUGGACCUGAAGAUGCAGCCUGUGAUGUUUGCUCUGGGAGGAAGCUGAAAGCCGUCAAGUCCUGUCUGGUCUGUUUGGUCUCUUUCUGUGAGGAACACCUCCAACCUCACUAUCAAUCUGCUGCUUUUAAGAAGCACAAGUUGGUGAAGCCCUGCAUGAAAUUCCAGGAGAAGAUCUGCUCUCAACAUGAUGAAGUGAUGGAGAUUUUCUGUUUCACUGAUCAGCAGAGUAUCUGUUGCCUCUGCACCAUGGACCAACACAGAGGACAUAAAACAGUCCCAGCUGCAGCAGAAAGAAGCCAGAGGCAGAAGAAGCUGGAGGGGAAUCGACUAAGCGUCCAUGAAAGAAUUCAGGAGCGAGCAAAAGCUGCGAAGCUACUUCAGCAGCGGAUGGAUGCCAUCAAUGUCUCUGCUGAUGAAGCAGUGAAGAACAGCGAGGAGAGCUUCAAACAGAUGAUCAGUCUCAUCCAGAAGAGGAGUGAUGAGAUGAAACAGCAGCUCAGAUCCCAGCAGCAAACUGCAGUGAGUGAACUCAGACAGCUUCAGGGGAAAAUUGAGCAGGAGAUCACUGAGCUGAAGAGGAAAGACGUCCAGAUGGAGAAGCUGGCACACACAGAGGACCACACCCAGUUUCUGCUCAGCUACCCCUCAGUGUCAGCACUCAGUGAGCCCACACACUCCUACAGCAUCCAGACGACUCCUGUCAGAUACUUUGAGGAUGUGGCAGCAGCUGUGUCAGCGAGCAGGGAGAAACUGGAGGACAUCCUGGGGCAGAACAUUACGCUAACAGCCACUAAAGAGCAGCUCUUUCUACUACACCCACAGCCAAAGACCAGAGCAGAGUUCUUACAAUACUCACAGCAGAUCACUCUGGAUCCAAACUCCGCACACCGAGAGCUGUUAUUAUCUGACAAGAACAGAAAAGUAAUUUAUACAGAAGAGGCCCAGCCUUAUUCUUAUCAUCCAGAAAGGUUCAGGAGGUAUCUUCAGGUUCUGAGCAGAGAGAGUCUGAAUGACCGUCAUUACUGGGAGGUGGAGGUGAGAGGAGAAGGAAUUUUUGUCGCAGUAACUUACAAGAACACCAGCACAGCAGGGAGCUCCAAUGAAUGUGGGUUCGGAUUAAAUUCGAAAUCUUGGGCUUUAUUUUGUGAUUCUAACAGUUUUAAAUUCCGGCACAACAACAGACUGACUCCCCUCUCAGGUCCUCGGUCCUCCAGAGUGGGAGUGUACCUGGAUCACACAGCAGGUGUUCUGUCUUUCUACAGCAUCUCUGGAACCAUGACUCUCCUCCACAAAGUCCAGACCGCCUUCACUGAGCCGCUACACGCUGGAGUUUGGUUUUAUCCUGAAGAAGGAGAUUCUGUAGAGUUCCUGAAGCCUCAGUAGAGGACUUCCAUCAGAUCAUCAGGCGAGCUGAGUUAUUGGAGAAAAUCAUGGCGCUGCAGCCAUCAGUCUCCUCACUGAUUCCUCAGCUGAUGCUUUUCUAACAGUUGGACUCAUUUUUAAAGCUGCCUUCACCUUUUAUAACAGGAUUUUCUUCUUCAUGGACCACGGGAAGCUGCAGCUUUUCUAGCUUAGGACAGUUGACAAAGAUUUUAGAUUUUUUACAUGAUUGUGUUGAUGAAUCUUUCUGUUUUGCUGAUUUUGUUUUUUCUGUGGAUUUACUAGUGAAAAGGAAGCUGAUAGUUUUGGGAUUUUCUUCUGGUACAAAGUUGCAGUCAAUUUGAUUCGAUUCGCUGGAAAUAUUUUGUGAACUACAAAAACACAUUCAGGGUCUUAAUUUUUGCCAAAUGAGUUUUAAACUGUAUAAAUACAAACCUUGUUCACAGUUAAAGAAUGGUUGAAGUUUUCAUUCAGUUUUUUUUACAGUUUAGAUUGGUUUUUUGAUGUAAAUUAAAUUCAUCUCUGUGUUUUGAUUUUGAAGUAUUUAACUUAUGAUCACAGUUUUUCCUUCGUUUAUUUAUUAGUAAUUUCUCACCUAUGAGAACACUUCAGAGUUUUGUUCAUGAAGCUCAUGGAGAGAAUGUUCAGUAUUUACCAAAACAUAAAGAAAUCAUUGACUGAGAAGAUGUGUCCACACUUUUGACUGGUACUGUUUAUAUUCAGUUGCUUCUAUGUUUGUCUUUGAGCCUCAUGUUGUAAAUGAGAACCGCUUCUCAUUUGACCUACCUGGUACAUUAAAGGUGAAGUAAAAAUUGAAGAAAAUCAAGGAGAGUUGUAAAAAAAUAUUUUGAUCAAGUUUAAGAAUUAAUCCUGAAACUGCUCAUUAAGACCAUUUUUACUCCGUUUUUAUAAUAAAAACAUUGG